UUAAUUAUUAUCUAGAAAAUAUUUUUUUUAAUUAUAAUUUAAUUUCUAAUCAUAAAAUCCAUUUAAGUAAGCGUCACGGUUAAAUUAACGAAAUAAAAUUGUAUUUUGAUAUGAAAGAAAAUAAAAAACGGAAAAAUUAUUUCUCAAAUGAAGGAACUGAUAAAAAAAAAAAGAAGCGUCUGGCGUUAGAAAAUGGAAUGAGAGGUUUUCUUUGCACGUGUAAUUUUCGUGAAAGAGAUUGUAUACGAGAAGCAUAUAAUUUGUUAAAUGAAUAUUCAGAUAAAAUUUGUGAAUCACAAAAAAAGCAACUAGAGACUUUGGAUAUUGAAGGAAAAGUUGAACUUGUGGAAAACGAAUUAACAGUGAAUAAAAAUGUUGAAGAAAAGGAUUACAACAUAAAACAAAUCACUGAAGAUAUUUCUGUUGCUUUAAAUAAAGAAAUAGAUGAGUUAAAAGCAGAAGCAGUAAAACCAUUAUCUCAAAAAAGAUUUCAAGUUAUUGAUACUGGUGUUAAAAAUGUAAUAUUUAUCAAAAGUAUGAUUCCUGAUACUUUAGAACUUUUAACAGCAAUUAUAGAAGAUCUUCAAAAAACUAAAAAGCAAAAAACUAGAUAUUUGCUAAGAAUGCUACCUAUUCAAAUUGUUUGUAAAGCAUAUCUUGAUGAUAUAAAACCCAAAGUAGAAGUUCUUUUUGAACAAUAUUUCACACAAGAACCAAAAACAUUUUGCAUAGUUUUUAAUCGACGCAGCAAUAGUAAUUUACAUCGAAAUGAAGUCAUAGACGACUUGGCUCAAAUAAUUUCAAAAAAAAAUCCAGGAAAUAGAACUAAUUUAAAAAAUCCUGAUAUUGCAGUUGUAAUUGAAGUUAUAAGAGCAGUUUGCCUUAUUUCUAUUGCUCCACUUUAUUUCACGUACAAAAAAUACAAUCUCCUAGAAAUAUGUAAUCAAAAAAUAAAAAUUUGAAAUAGAAACCGAUUUA